CUCAUCGAGCAAGCGAACGUGGACAAGGAGGCCAAGGACAACAAUGGCGCGACACCACUGCACUGGGCUGCUACCGACGGGCAUGAAGCUAUUGUCAAGUACCUCAUCGAGCAGGCGAACGCGGACAAGGAGGCCAAGGACAACAAUGGCGUGACACCGCUGCACUAG